AUGUCUAAGAAGGCGAUAAACGUACGGGUGACGACGAUGGACGCGGAGCUGGAAUUUGCCAUUCAACCAAGCACAACCGGUAAGCAACUAUUCGACCAGGUCGUCAAAACAGUUGGCCUUCGUGAGAUUUGGUAUUUCGGAUUGCAGUACACGGAUACAAAGGGUUUCCUUACAUGGCUUAAGCUGAACAAAAAGGUCACAGCGCAGGAUGUAAAAAAAGAACAAACUUUGUUGUUCAAAUUCCGAGCCAAGUUCUAUCCAGAGGAUGUUCAGGAAGAAAUAAUCCAAGAUAUUACCCUUAGACUUUUUUAUUUGCAAGUAAAGGAUGCUGUACUUUCGGAUGAAAUUUACUGUCCACCAGAAACUUCAGUUCUACUUGCAUCGUUUGCAAUGCAAGCUAAAUAUGGCGACUACAAUCCGGAAUCGCAUAAGCCGGGCUGUCUUACUUCUGAUCGGUUACUACCACAAAGGGUUAUUGGACAGUUCAAAUUAAGUCCUGAAGAAUGGGAGAAGCGUAUAAUGGUUUGGUGGGCGGACCAUAAGAAUACGAAUAGAGAACAAGCAAUGGUGGAAUACCUAAAAAUAGCGCAAGAUCUUGAGAUGUAUGGUGUCAAUUAUUUCGAAAUUCGUAAUAAGAAGGGAACAGAGUUGUUUUUGGGUGUUGAUGCCCUUGGACUUAACAUAUACGAAAAGAAUGAUCGCCUUACACCCAAAGUUGGCUUUCCGUGGUCCGAAAUACGAAAUAUUUCAUUUAAUGACAAAAAAUUUGUUAUUAAACCAAUCGACAAAAAGGCAAAUGACUUUGUAUUCUAUGCUCCACGUCUGCGAAUAAACAAACGGAUACUGGCACUAUGUAUGGGCAAUCAUGAGCUAUAUAUGCGCAGAAGGAAGCCAGAUACGAUUGAAGUGCAGCAAAUGAAACAACAAGCCAAGGAAGAACGGAUGCAGAGACAACUUGAGCAAGAACGCCUGACAAAAGAGAUGACGGCACGCGAAGCUGCUGAGCAAAAACAGAAGGAAUAUGAAGAAAGGAUGGAGAAAAUGAGGGAGGAAAUGGAAAGGGCCCAACGAGAGUUGUUGCAUGCACAGGAUACUAUUCGACGUCUUGAGCAGCAGCUUGCAGAACUUCAGAUCGCUAAGGAACAGCUAGAAUCAAAGGAAGAUGAAUUACGAAGGUUAAAUGAACAAUUGCGAUCAGAACGAGAAAUGAGUUCUGAAGAGCGUGAACGCUUAGAGCAGGAAGUGCGAAGACGUGAACAGCAAGUAGCUGAAAUGCGCGAACAAGUUGAUAUGAAGACUCAGGAAACAGAACGCUUGCAGAGAGAAGUCGAAGAAGCACGAGCUGUUCAAGAACGCGAAAGUAGUCGUCAGCUGAAUACAUUUAGCGUUAAGGAAGUAGAUCUGGAUGAAAAUGCUAGUGAAAAUGGACAAGUUGCCACAGAAUUGACUGCUCGUGGUGACGAGAACGUUCCACAAAGAGAACUUGAACGAAUAACCGCUGCCGAACAGAAUCUCUCGUUGAAGCACAAACUUGAUGCUCUAACAGCAGAUUUGGAAGCGGUAAAGGAUAAACAGCAGUUGACGGAAUACGAUCUAUUACAUAUGGAAAAUAAACGAGCUGGCCGAGAUAAAUAUAAAACAUUACGACAAAUUCGUGGUGGGAACACAAAACGUCGUAUAGACCAAUAUGAAAAUAUGUGA